CAGUAAACGCCAUCAGAUGGCAUAACAUUCUCCUCCAUAAUUUUCUCCUUUUCCCUGCACCGUGUCAUUGCGGAUGGCGGAUCAACUGCUCUCCACCGUCUCCCGCAAACUCCGUUCCUUGCCGGCGAGCUACGUCCGGCCCGAGUCCCAGCGUCCGCGCCUCCACGAGGUUAUCAGCGACGCCGCCAUACCCACCGUCGACCUCGGCUCGCCGGACCAGCAUCAGAUCGUGGCCCAAAUCGCCGACGCCUGCACGCAUUACGGAUUCUUCCAGGUGGUGAAUCAUGGAGUGGGGAAUAAGUCGAUGCGGCUGAUGAUGGAAGUGGCGCAGGAGUUCUUCCAGCUGCCGGCGGAGGAGAAGGCGAAGCUCUACUCCGACGAUCCGGCGAAGAAGAUAAGGCUCUCGACGAGUUUCAACAUCAGGAAGGAGACGGUGCGAAACUGGAGGGACUACCUUCGACUCCAUUGCUAUCCCCUUGAAGAUUUCACCCCCGAGUGGCCUUCCAAUCCGUCGUCCUUCAAGGAAGUGGUGAGCGAUUACUGCAAGGAAGUGCGAGGACUGGGAUUUCGACUGCUGGGAUUGAUAUCGCUUAGUUUGGGACUGGAGGAGGAGUACAUGGUGAAGGUUUUGGGGGAGCAAGAGCAACACAUGGCUAUAAACUACUAUCCAAAGUGCCCAGCUCCAGAUCUCACCUACGGUCUCCAAGCCCACACCGACCCCAACGCCCUCACCAUUCUUCUCCAGGACCAUACCGUGGAUGGUCUGCAGAUUCGCAAAGACGACAAGUGGAUCGCCGUCGGUUCUCAUCCCCAUUCCUUCAUCAUCAACAUCGGCGACCAAUUACAGGCGUUGAGUAAUGGAAGGUACAAGAGCGUUUGGCACCGUGCGAUCGUGAACGCCAACAAAGACCGGAUGUCGGUGGCAUCCUUCCUUUGCCCUUCCAAUCGCGUGCUCAUAAGCCCACCUGAAAAGCUCCUUAGCGAGGCAGGGCGAGCCAUGUAUAAGAACUACACCUACGAAGAGUACUACGACAGGUUUUGGAGUAGAAACCUGGAUGAUGAGCACUGUUUGGAGCUCUUCAAAAACGCUUCCUCGCUCGAGUCAGAGAAUCAGGCCUCCUCCUCCUCCGGCGGGAAUCAAUCAUAGUCCACGCGGUGUGUUUGUUGAAGUUGUCAAAUCAUUGAGGCCAAGAAGCAUCGAGUUCGGAUCUACUUCGCUCGCCAAAUUUUUUUUAGGCAAUUUGGUUGGCAAAUUUUGUAGACGGAAAGAGCACGAUGGUCCGGCCGGAACCCCUGCGAACCGCGCGCGCGAGAUAUGCCCGAAAGAAGUAGUCACAACAUUCGGGCUCCGCCUCCCGAUUCAGAGAUGCUUCCUCCGUGGCAGGCCACUUGCUCGGCCGUUCGACUUCCGGGGUGUUCAAUCAGUCCUGAUCCGAAGCUCAUCCUAUUCGGGUUCGGGAGUGAAUUAUUGUGGUAAAAGGUGAAUAUGUUCGUCCCAACAUCUCUGUCAAUCCAUUUCAAGAUCAACACGGAGGAGGUAAAUCACAGGCGACUACUAAUCUUUGGAAUAGUGACUAGCACAUAAGGGAUGUAUUAUCUCGAUUUUGUCGAGAUUCGAAUCUCAGGUCUCAUUGUGACAACACCUCAUGUGCUAACUACUAGACUCAUCUCAGGAGACGAUUUGGGAGUGAAUUAUGUAGGAUGCCGACAUGGUAUUAGUAUGUUGAUAGAUUAAUAUGGAAUAAGCAGUCGGGAUCUUAUGGAUCGCAACUUCUAGUCUACUCCUGGAUUAGGGAUUGUUAAUAGGUAGAAUUUUAUGGAUCCUACUUUUAUAAUAGAUGGGGUCCAUGAGAUCCCACCUAUGAAUGAAAUGGUCCAUCUUUUGGAUCGUAUUUUACUGUCCAAAGAAUCCGACCUUUGGAAUUAGUAGGUUGAUGAGAUGAUAAUUAGUAGAUUAAUGAGGUCAUAAUUCGUGAUAAUAAUGGAUAAAGAUAAAUGAUCUAUAUUUAAUGUAUUUGCAUUAAUUGCUUUAGUGUGAUAUAAUUGUGGAGUUAGUGGAUGAUGUAAUUAGCCUAUGUUAGCUUGUAUGAAUGAAAAUAUGAAACAAAAUAUGAUUUUAGGGAGAA